AUGUUUUUGAAUUCUCUGAAAAUUGCCAUCACACGCAGGAUCAAUUUUCCGCGAUUUUUAUCAUCCAAGGGGGCGAAACGGGUCGCAAAGGAUGACGAGUGGGAGGCGGAGGUGACGAGGGAUCGAGAGGAGCUGGAGGAUUGUUUGGAUAGUGAAGCCUCGAAGAAAUGUGAAGAAAUCCCCCCAAAACUGAAAACAGUAAGAGUGUACCGAUGGAAUCCGGAGAUACCCUCGCAGAAGGCGAGAAUGCAGACGUUCACGGUGGAUCUGAACAGAUGUGGAUCAAUGGUGCUGGACCUUCUGAUAAAUAUCAAAGCCUAUCAGGACCCGACCUUGGCAUUCAGGAGGUCCUGCAGGGAGGGCAUCUGCGGGAGUUGCGCUAUGAACAUCAACGGGACAAACACUCUCGCCUGCAUCACAAAAAUUUCUCCCGAUGAUAAACCCCUGAUCAUCUACCCCCUGCCCCACACCUACGUGAUCCGCGACCUGAUCCCCGACAUGGGGCAUUUUCUCGAGCAGUACACGAUGAUCGAUCCGUUCCUGAAGCGAGAAGACAAGGCAUAUCCUCCAGGAACGAGGCAAACCCUCCAGAGCCCAAGGGACAGAAAAAAAUUGGAUGGAUUGUAUGAGUGCAUCCUCUGCGGAUGCUGCACCUUCUCCUGUCCGCCGUACUGGUGGCUGGGGGAGAAGUACCUGGGCCCUGCGGUCCUCCUGCAAGCGUACAGAUGGAUCAUCGACUCCAGAGACACUGGCCACAAGGAGAGACUCGCUGAAAUGCGGGACUACUACUCGGUCUUCCGUUGCCACACCAUCUUCAACUGCACGAAGACCUGCCCCAAGGGAUUGAACCCAGGGCGAGCGGUGGCGCAAGUGAAGAGACUCAUUGCGGGCUACGCAAAGAAGGAGGAGCCAGAUUUUCCGGCUGAGGAGACGUACAUCGAUCCUUGCACUGGAGAGCCGCAAAUCAAAUGUUGA